AUAACCUUUGUUGGGCUAAUCUUAUGACACGUGUUGAUCAAUCCUGAAUUGGAUCGAAUAAUUCCCCUUUGGUAUAUUCCCAUCAAUAGAUGUAAUCUAUAUAGACUCCUCCCUGUGAACCUUUUCUUACUCGUAUAUUUCCCCUCACUGUCUUCCCUAUCCUACCACCCCACUAGCCAUGUCGGCCUUCUUAGGAAAUUAUGCAGAGGAACUAAUCGAGAAUGCCAAGUACAUUGCCACCCCCGGCAAGGGCAUUUUGGCCGCGGAUGAAAGCACUGGCACCAUUGGUAAACGUCUGUCGAGCAUCAGUGUUGAGAACACCGAGCACAACCGCCAGUCCCUCCGCGAGCUCCUCUUCACCGCUCCUAAUGCCCUCCCCUACCUCUCUGGUGUCAUUCUCUUCGAGGAGACCCUCUACCAAAAAACCUCUGACGGAAAGCCUUUCGUCGAGCUCCUUAAGGAGAACAAUGUCAUUCCAGGUAUCAAAGUCGACAAGGGUGUUGUUGAGUUGGCCGGCACCAAUGGCGAGACCACCACCCAGGGUUUCGACUCUCUUGGAUCCCGGUGUCAGCAGUACUACAAGGCCGGUGCACGCUUUGCCAAGUGGCGUGCCGUCCUCAAGAUAGGCCCCACCGAGCCAUCCGAACUGUCAAUCCAGCAGAAUGCCCAGGGGCUGGCUCGCUAUGCAAGGAUAUGUCAAGAUUGGGGACUAGUCCCAAUUGUUGAGCCAGAGAUUCUAACUGAUGGAAACCAUGACAUCAAGAAAUGUGCAGCUGUGACUGAAACUGUGCUUGCAGCUGUCUACAAGGCACUCAAUGAUCACCAUGUUCUUCUUGAAGGAACACUUUUGAAACCCAACAUGGUCACACCAGGCUCUGAUAGCCCAAAGGUGACACCUGAGGUGAUCGCCGAACACACAGUUUUAGCAUUGCGACGAACAGUUCCACCUGCAGUACCCGGGAUUGUGUUUUUGUCAGGUGGGCAAAGCGAGGAAGAGGCAACCCUCAACCUGAAUGCCAUGAACAAGUUAGACUUGUUGAAGCCAUGGACACUUUCGUUCUCAUUCGGGCGAGCUCUGCAGCAGAGCACACUCAAGACAUGGGGUGGGAAGAAGGAGAAUGUUGGGAAAGCUCAAGAGACAUUCUUGCUAAGGUGCAAGUCCAAUUCUGAGGCCACUUUGGGGAAGUAUGGUGGUGGUGGUGGUGGUGGUUUGGCUUCUGAGAGUUUGUUUGUUAAGGGUUACAAGUACUAAGAGCUUUGUUUGUGAGGGAAUGACAGAUUGGUAACCUGAUAUAUGAGGGAAUGACAGAUUGGUAACCUGAUAUAUGACCUUGUAUUUAAUUUUUCCUCUCUUACAAUGCAUAAUUUUCAAUACAUAUUCUACAGAUGAUGUUUAAUUUAAUGUAAUCUAUACUUCUCAAAAAAGAAAAAGAAAAA